AUUCAUAUUAUUGUAAUGGAGAGGGAACUGAGUCCUCAAAAUACAGAGAAACUAGUCCAAUUUCAGGAGUUAUCUGGAAUUGAUAACCUUAACAGAUGUAUAGAAAUUCUGGAAAGGCACAACUGGGAUGUAGAGACAGCUAUACAUGAUCACCUGGGUCUUGAUCCCAGAGAAGUGACCCAAUCUGUCAGAGAAUUGCCUGUCUUCCCUCUACAGAAUGGGCAAACUACUAUCAACAGACCUGUCAUGCAACAGAGCAUACAUAGAUCACAGCCAGUAGAUUCAAUUUUUCAGAGGAUAAUGACUUUCUUCUCCAAUACUUUAUUUGAUGACAACAUGGGUCUUUGGCCUACUGCAACAUACCAAAGGCCAUAUGGGUUUACAGGAUGGCUGCUGUUCAUCUCAUCUCUGCCGUUGAGAGUUAUUAUGGUUACAUUUUACCAGUUUACUCGUUUUGUCUUCAGGGUCAUCAGACCAGAACAUCGUCCAGCUGUGACAGAUCCAACAGGAAAUGUUGUAUCUUUUAUCCAAGAGUAUAAUCAAACAUUUGGUGAUCCACACCCAACAUUCUAUCCUGGAACCUAUAGUCAGGUUCUUAAUGAAGCUAAAAAGGAACUUAAAUUCUUGUUGGUAUACCUGCAUUGCAAGGACCACCAAGAUACAAACAAAUUUUGUCGCCAAACACUCUGCAACCCUGAAGUCAUAGAAUUUAUCAAUAGCAAUUGUCUAAUGUGGGCAUGCAGUGUUGAUAGUUUAGAAGGCUACCGUGUCUCGCAGGCCCUUCGCGAGAAUACCUAUCCAUUUCUGGCCCUUGUUGUCCAAAGAGAGUUUCGCAUGACCGUCGUAGGCAGGAUCGAAGGCUUUGUUGAACCUGAAUGCCUCUUACAACGUUUACGAACAAUUAUUUCAGAUAAUGAAGCUUUUCUUGUGGCUGCCAGAGCUGACCGUGAAGAACGAAGUUUUAAUCAAGCUCUGAGACAAGAGCAAGACGUUGCUUACCUCGAGUCGCUGCGAGCUGACCAGGAAAAAGAUGAAAAGAAGAGACGUGAACGUUUGCUCGAAGAAGAACGUCUUAGAGAAAUUAGAGAGUUGGAGCUAGCCGAAGAACGCAAAAAAGAGGAAAUGACUAAAAAAAAACAAGAUGCGAUAAAGCAAGUACCACCAGAACCUGCUUCAGAUGAGAUAGGCAUUUGCCGUAUCUUAAUCCGGUUACCACAAGGGCAAAAACUAGAACGACGCUUCCAUCGAACUAUACACACACUUAAAGACUUGUACUAUUUCAUUUUAUCCCAUCCUGAUUCGCCCUAUCAAUUUGAAAUGGCUACGUCGUUUCCCAAGCGGACUUUACCAUGGCAGCCGGGCAUGGAUAUUAUUCCAACAUUGGCGGAGGUAGGCCUCGGGGCAUCGGAGGCUCUUCUCGUCUUAGAUCUGGAUGCUUAAAAAGAAUAGUGAGUAAGGUAAACAAAUGUACCAUUUAUGCUCUAAAUUUACUGUGUUGACCCGUUGCUAAGUCGCCAUCAAAAAUUCAAGAUUACUAAGAAAAAAUAAAGAAUUUCCAUAUA